AGUUUUUCUUCAACAAAAAAAAAAGAAGAAGAAAAUGGCAGGUUAUGGGACAACGCAGAAAUGCAAAUGUUGUGAUAAAACUGUACAUUUUGUAGAGAUGAUGUCCGUGAAUGGAGUUCCAUAUCAUAAGUCAUGCUUCAAAUGCAAUCAAUGCAAUGGACGUCUCUCUAUGAGUAACUACUCUGCUGUGGAUGGAGAACUAUACUGCAAGCCUCACUAUGAACAACUCUUUAAAGAAAGUGGAAACUACAAUUUUAGCAAGUCUCCAGCAAAACCAGUAGAACCACAGAAGACUCCCCCUAGUAAAUUCUCCUCCAUUUUCUCCGGCACUCAAGAAAAAUGUGCAAACUGCAAGAAGACAGUGUAUCCAUUGGAGAAGAUAACAGUGGAGGGUGAUUUCUACCACAAGAAUUGCUUCAAGUGUGCUCAUGGAGGGUGCCUCAUCACACCCUCAUCCUAUGCUGCUUUGGAUGGAACAGUCUACUGCAAAAUCCACUUUGCUCAGCUCUUCAAGGAGAAAGGUAGCUACUCCAAUAUCACUAAGAAGAAGAAUGCUGGAGAUUCCACGCCCAACGACUCUGAGGCUGAGCCAGACAAUGACCCCGAGCCUGCCUCUGCACCCGAGGAUGAGGUUGUGGCUGAACCUGAACCCGAGCCAGAGCCUGAGCCUGAGGCUGAUCAACCGAGUGGAUCACCCCAAGCAGUUGAGAAUUAGGGAGGGAAGACAACAAUUUAUAACAUUUUCUUGCUUUUUUGUUUUUUAAUUUAUUUCGAAAUUUCAUCGAAUUUUAUUUUUUGAUGAAAUUAUUUAUUGCAUGUAUGAUCAUUUUAUAUUUCUCAGGAUUGCAUAGGGUCACGUUUGAUUGAGAAUGUUUGCACGUAUGUAAUAGUAUCUUAUUAUCUCUCUAUGUAUACAUACUUUACCAUGUGAAUUCAUUUAAAUUUUUAGCACUUUAUAUUUUA